UUAUGAUAACUUUAUGUAGUCUGAUAUUACAGUAAAGUUAUAAAAAUAAUAUAUUUUCGUUGUGAUCGUAAAAUCUAUGUAACGAAAGUUAGAGAAGAAUAACAUAAAUUUGAUUGAUAGUAUUUACUUGAAUAUUGAAUUGAAUUAUAUAUUAAAACUACACAAUAUUUGCUGAAUUGGUUACACAACGAUGUUUAACUACUACAUCAACUACGUAUUUUAACUAGGCAAUAGAGUUUUUAUAUCUUAUAUAGUUGAUUUAAGAAAAUAAUAAAUGAUAUUAAACUGAAUUCUAAUGAUCUAAUGGAAAUAUAAGAAUUUGUUAUAAAUAAAUAUAUAAUUGGCAUAUUUUUAAUAAUCAUUCUUUUUAUCAUUAAUCAACACUUAUAAAAAUGGAUAAAACUAAACAACGACAGAGUAAUAAUAAAAAUGGAUUGUCCUGGAUUUAUAGAAAGAAAGCAAAAUUAAGACGGGCUAAAAAUAUAACACAAAAUGAACAUGCUGAUACAAAAUUAAAUGAUUCUGCGACAAGGAUUGUUGUUCGCAAUCUUCCAUUUAAGAUAAAAGAAGAGGAUAUUAAGUGUUUGUAUGAAAAAUAUGGAGAAAUAAAAGAAAUAAUUCUUCCUUGCCAAUCAAAUCUAUCACUUAUCGGAUAUGCAUUUAUAGAAUUUAAACGAAUGCAAGAUGCAUCCAAAGCUAUAUUUAAUACAAAUAAAAAAGAAUUCUUUGGUAGAAUAAUUACUAGUGGAUGGGUUGUUGCAAACUCUAAACUUUAUAAGAAGAUGAAAAAUAUCUCUGAGAUAAAUAAUAAAAAUAAAUCUUCUGUUCCCUCUUCCAAAAAACAAAAUACAGAUGUAGAAAAGGGAUAUAAAUCAUUAACUUUACAAGAGAAUGAUAUUCCAAAACAUAAAAAAAGAAUUAAUUGUCAUAUAUGAAUUGAUACUAUUAUGUAUUAUUAUCUUUUUGUUAAAUCAAAUGUAGUUCUACAUUUAAAUAAUUAUUAUUUAAGAGAAAU